AUGGAAAAACUGUUUUGUAGCAUCCUGGUGUUUGGAGUGGCCGUUGUUGUCAAUGCUUGUCCAAAAUAUUGCGUCUGUCAGAACCUGUCUGAGUCACUGGGGACACUUUGCCCUUCUAAGGGCCUCCUUUUUGUACCUCCAGAUAUAGACAGGAGGACUGUUGAACUCCGACUUGGGGGCAACUUCAUUAUUAACAUCAGUAGACUGGACUUUGCCAACAUGACUGGCCUGGUGGACCUUACCUUGUCGAGGAACACUAUCAGUUACAUACAACCCUAUUCAUUUGCUGACUUGGAAAGCCUACGGUCUUUGCAUUUGGAUAGUAACAGGAUGCCUGAUAUUGGGGAGGAUAUUUUAAGAGGCCUGAUUAAUCUUCAGCACUUGAUUAUAAACAACAACCAGUUGAGCUAUAUUUCAGAUGAAGCUUUUGAAGACUUCUUAUUCACCUUAGAAGAUCUGGAUCUUUCCUACAAUAACCUCAGAAGCAUCCCUUGGGAAUCCAUCAGGAAGAUGGUAAACCUGCACCAGAUUAGUUUGGACCAUAAUUUGAUAGAUUAUAUUACAGAGGGAACCUUUGCAGAUCUCCAGAAACUGGCCAGGUUGGAUCUAACUUCCAACAGACUCCAGAAGCUUCCUCCUGAUCCCAUAUUUGCCAGGUCCCAAAUAUCUCCAUUAACUUCAACUCCGUUUUCCCCACCUUUAUCUCUGAGUUUCGGAGGGAAUCCUUUGCACUGUAAUUGUGAACUCCUGUGGCUGCGACGUCUUAACAGAGAUGAUGAUAUGGAAACCUGUGCUUCUCCUCCAGGUCUAAAGGGAAGGUACUUCUGGUAUGUCCGGGAGGAGGAGUUUGUUUGUGAGCCACCACUGAUUACCCAGCAUACCCACAAGCUGUUAGUUUUAGAAGGACAAACAGCCACUUUAAAGUGCAAAGCCAUUGGAGAUCCAUCUCCAGUUAUUCAUUGGGUGGCCCCAGAUGACCGGCUUAUUGGGAAUUCUUCAAGGACAGCUGUUUAUGACAAUGGCACCUUAGAAAUCCUGAUCACAACAUCCAAGGAUUAUGGGACAUUCACAUGCAUAGCAGCAAAUGCUGCUGGAGAGUCCACUGCAACCAUCGAGUUGUCAAUUGUCCAGCUUCCCCAUCUCAGCAAUGGUACAGGCCGGGCAGCUCCACCCAAAUCAAGACUUUCUGACAUCACCAGCUCCAGCAAAUUGAAUCGAGGGGAAACCAAGGGGCCACCAGAAAGGGCUGUCCUGGUCUCUGAGGUGACAACUACCUCAGCUUUGGUCAAAUGGACAGUGAGCAAGUCAGCACCAAGAGUUAAAAUGUACCAGCUGCAAUAUAACUGCUCUGACGACGAAGUUCUAAUCUACAGGAUGAUCCCUGCUACGAACAAGGCUUUUGUCGUGAACAACCUCGUUUCUGGGACAGGCUACGACCUUUGCGUCCUCGCCAUGUGGGACGACACGGCCACCACGCUCACUGCCACCAACAUUGUGGGCUGUGCCCAGUUCUACACCAAAGAGGACUACCCUCAGUGCCAGUCUAUGCACAGCCAGUUCCUGGGAGGGACGAUGAUCCUGAUCAUUGGAGGCAUCAUUGUGGCGACCCUGCUGGUGUUCAUCGUCAUACUCAUGGUCCGGUACAAGGUUUGCAACAAUGCCCCCGGGAAGAUGGCCAACGUGAGCAACGUCUACUCGCAAACCAACGGAUCCCAGCCUGUUCAGAAUGGGGUCCUGCCCCAAGUCAACCCCAAAGUGGUGGUCAGAAAUGAGCUCAUGGAGUUCAACUGCGCGUCUGCACAGAGCAGCAUCUCCUCUUCUUCCAGCUCUGUGAAUAGUCGCGACUGUGAUGGCUAUAGCCUCCAAAGUGAGCAGGGCACAUUGUCCAGUAAGUGGAGGCCCCCGUCAAAGUCAAAGCACAACAACAUUGAUCGGCUAAUGGGAGCUUUUGCCUCUCUGGAACUGAAGUGCCAGAAAAAGGAGGACACACUAGACUCCAGAACUUCCACAGUGGCCCAUCACUCAGACAAAGAGCCACUGCUGGGCCAGCAGGAAUCUAAAUUCCGUAGUCUCCUCAUGUUACCACUGGAGGGGAAAACUAAACGUAGCCAUUCUUUUGACAUGGGGGACUUUUCCACCUCUCAGUGUUGCAACUACCCCAAAAAGAUCACAAACAUUUGGACAAAGCGUAGUCUGUCAGUGAACGGGAUGCUUUUGCAGUACGAUGACAGUGACCUGGCAGGGGCAAAGGGGACAUAUGGGAGCUCAGAGUGGGUUAUGGAAAGCACAGUGUAA